AGGAGGGCUUCGGGGUCAAUCCCCGCUGGCUUCCAGGCAGGCUCGAACCGAACCCCUCCAGGCGAGCCAUCGCUGGGAAAGGAGCCGCCUGGGUGGACGGACGCGCCUCCCUCGGCGCACGAGGGGAGGCCCGGGCCCGUUGGGAGCCGCCCCUCCGCCGCGCCGUCCAAUGGGAAGAGCCGCGCUCGCCUUCCUCGCUUCCUUUCUCCCGCGGCAGGCGGCCGGGCGCUGGGCAGACGGGGAGCCGCUUCUCCGGCGCCGCCGCCGCCGUCGUCGAGGGGGCGUCCCGAGGAGGAGGCAGGCAGGCGAGCGGGAGAGGGCCGCCGCGGGCGUUUCAAAGCGGCGGGAAAAGGGCGAAGAGCGGCGGCUGGGCAGGCAGGCAGCCGCGAGUCCCGCGGGGCCAUGGGUCGCUGCAGGCGGCGGCUGCUGCUGCCGGGGGCUCCGGCGCUCGCCCUCUUCCUGUUGCUGCUGCUGCCCGCUUGGCUGCUCGGGAGCUGCGCGGAGAAGCUCGGAGAUGGAUGUGGGCCUAUGAUAAUCUAUCAAGACAGUGGAACACUGGCGUCUAAGAACUAUCCGGGGACCUACCCCAACUACACUACCUGUGAGACGAGAAUUCAGGUGCCUCAGGGGAAACGUCUGAUCUUGAAAAUUGGGGACUUGGAUAUUGAAUCCCAGCAAUGUGAAUCUAACUAUCUUAGCAUCCACAGUUCUACAACAGUGCAUGGACCCUACUGUGGGAAUGUGCCUGUCCCAGAAGAAAUCAUCUUAGAUUCUAAUGAAGCAACCAUUCACUUUGAGAGCAGGUCCCAUGUGUCUGGAAGAGGCUUCCUGUUGUCCUUUGCUAGUAGCGAUCAUCCAGAUCUAAUCACAUGUCUGGAGAGAGCAAACCACCACGUGGAGAAGGAAUUCAGCAGGUACUGUCCAGCUGGUUGCAGAGACAUAGCAGGUGAUAUUUCUGGGAAUAUAGUGGAAGGCUACAGAGAUACUUCCUUAUUGUGCAAAUCUGCCAUACACGCUGGAGUAAUUGCAGACGAACUGGGUGGUCAGAUUAGUGUGAUUAAACUGAAAGGAACGAGCCGGUAUCAAGGAAUCCUAGCCAAUGGCAUCCUUUCUCAGGAUGGCUCUCUGUCAGAUAAGCGGAUUAUUUUUAACUCAAAUGGUUGCAAUCAAUCACUGAACCUAGAAGGACGAAAUGCAUCCAAUGGUCAGAUCACGGCGUCAUCAUUCUGGGAUGAAACCAAUGACAUUGGGGAGGUGGUUCCGUGGUCUCCUGUUAGGGCCUGGCUCAAAGUCCAAGGGCCUUCGUGGGCAGCAAACCAGAGCAACUCUCGGCAGUGGCUAGAAAUUGACCUGGGAGAAAGGAGAAGAAUAACAGACCAAAACAGAUCCCUUUUGUUUACUUUUCUUUCAUUACAAGGAAUUAGAACCACAGGGUCCACAAUGCUCAAUUUUAACUAUUACGUUAAGACGUUUAUUGUCAACUAUAAAAAUAACAACUCAAAAUGGAGGACUUACAAAGGAAUCCUAAGCAAUCAAGAAAAGGUAUUCAAAGCCAACUCUAAUCAUGGAGACAUAGUCCGGAAUAAUUUCAUUCCCCCCAUAGUAGCCCGCUACGUGAGAAUUAUUCCACAGAGCUGGAACAAAAGAAUAGCUCUGAAGGUGGAACUUAUUGGUUGUCGCAUAAACCAAGUUAACAGCUCCCUUACGCAUCCGCUCUGGCAGAGACCAAGUCAAAGCACAGGUGUCUCGGUUAGAAAAGAAGACAGAACCAUCACAGAGCCCAUACCCUCAGAAGAAGGCAGCUUAGGACUGAAUCUUACUACCAUAAUCGUUCCAGUAGUAGGGGUGCUUUUGCUGUUCCUGAUAUCUGGAAUUGGUAUCUAUGCAGUUGUACGAAAGAGAGGAAAGAAAGGAGGUGCUUAUGGCUCAUACGACACCGGAAAACCAGGUUUCUGGAAACAAAUCAAACAACCCUUUGUCAGACACCAGUCUACUGAAUUCACCAUCAGUUAUAAUAAUGAAAAGGAUACGCCACAAAAGCUAGAUCUCGUCACAAGAGAGAUGGCAGAUUAUCAACAGCCUCUCAUGAUAGGAACUGGGACAGUAACCCGAAAGGGAUCCACUUUCAGACCCAUGGACACAGAGAAUGAGAAAAAAGGAAGCGCCGAGACCGGGAACCAUUACCACUGCCCACAGAGAGCAAAUCGCCACGAUUAUGCACUGCCUUUGACCAACCACGAGCCUGAAUACGCCACUCCUAUUAUAGAGCGACACGUAGGAAGAGAAAACGCUUUUCAUUCAGAGAGCUGCUAUAACAUUCCUACUGCUUCUGCUGUGCAUAAAUGUUCCCUUUCCACAGGCACUUUCACUGCCUUGUGCCAGACUGAAACGGGGAGUGAAGAUUAUCAAACACCGCAAAGUCAGAAGGAGUAUGACAAGCCAAAAAUGAAAGCCUUGCCCACACUUGACUACAAUACUGGCUAUCAGAAGCCCCAGACCAGUUUAUUGAAAGAUGAGGGCUAUUCGACACCCAGAUACUGCCUAAAACCAGUAAAUCAGACUGCAAUGACAGCUCUUCUGUAACCUUAAGGACCAGCGGAAACUCACUGCCAUAAUGUUUAAAGCACUGGAUUAGAUUUAGAGCAAAACAAAAUUUGCUCUUGGCUGAGGAGUGAAAGCUGUUCGUUGCUGCCUUUGCAGUAGAGUCUUCAGGCAGUCGAUUCUCUGCAGCUGCGAUAUUGGUGCUCCACUCUAACAUUGUGCAAUGUGUACAUACAUUUUUAAUUUAAUAAAAAUAACUUAAACUUUAA